UGGAUAUAUGUUCAUUGCUUAUUUAUAGUUCGACAUUUCCUCACUUCAAUAUACAAUAUGUGGAUUCAGUGUAGGCAAAGGGUGACAACGUUGAAUGUAAUACAUAUUGCAUUACACGUAAGGGGUUUUAAUAAACCAGCAAUGAACAUGACAACAUUGAUUAUAAAAUUCAUACAUGAUUGGUCUGCAAGGACACUACUGAUAGGACAGUGCCUGACGUAGCAACAACAUCUAACCUUGGCAUUGCCUUCAGUACAGUGCCAACUACAACAUGUUGUGGAAGAGUCUUUUAACAAGUAUCAGGAGCACAGUUCUCCGUGUUCCCGGCCGUUCCGUCUGUGUGUCUGUGGCAGGAAGAGCUGCCGCUGCCAGCAAGGCCGCCCCUACACAGCAGCUGGAUCUUGGCGGAGUGUACCCUCCUAUGCCCACACCAUUCCUCAAAGACGAGGCCAUAGCUUAUGAUCAACUCGCAAGCAAUGUUGGUGUCUGGAGCACAAUGCCAUUCAGAGGAUUGGUGGUGGAAGGAAGCAAUGGGGAGUAUGUGUAUCUUACUCCUGAGGAAAGAGUGGAGCUUGUAUCUCGUGUCAGAGAAUUCCUUCCACAAGACUCAAACAAGCUGGUACUGGCAGGCUCUGGCUGUGAAUCCACUCGUGAUACCAUUGCCAUGAGCCAGAAGAUGGCUGUGGCUGGUGCUGAUGCUGUGAUGGUAGUCACCCCGAGUUACUACAAAGGUGGGAUGAAGGACGCUGCACUACAUGCUCACUUCACAGCUGUGGCAGACAAUUGUCCCGUCCCUGUCAUACUGUACAGUGUUCCCGCAUUUACUGUGAUUGACCUGAGUCUGGAUGUCAUAGCUGACCUUGCCCAUCACCCAAAUAUUAUUGGUAUUAAGGAGAGUGGAGGUGAUAUUGCAAAAAUUGGCAGCAUAGUGCAAAAGACUCAGAAUGUUGAUUUUCAAGUUAUAGCUGGAUCUGCAAGUUUUCUUCUGGCAACUUUGCAGAUAGGUGGUGUGGGUGGUGUGUGUGCCUUGGCUAAUGUCCUCGGGCAAUCUGUAUGUGAACUACAGAGACUGGUCAUGGAAAAUGAUAUGUCUACAGCUAUUGAACUGCAAAAGAAACUAAUUGCUCCUAAUGCUGCAGUAACCAAGACCUUUGGUAUCCCUGGGCUGAAGCAAGUCAUGGACUGGAUGGGAAUGUAUGGAGGCCCAUUGCGUUCACCAUUGCAGCCACUGACCCAGCAAGAAACAGAAAAGCUACGCCAGGUGUUUGUUAAUGCUGGUUAUCUCUGAAGAGAAUACUGGCUGUUGUUAUUGUUAUGUUAUUCUCCAUAAAUCUUUAUGCUGAUAUUUGGUGGAGGUAGCAUGUGUUCAGUGAGUUGGUGGUGGGAUUGUGUGAUUGGCAUGAGUAAUGGUGAUGGUGGUUAUGUAUUUGACAUUCAUACUGGGAUCUGUCUCCCUUAUUUCAACUGUCAGUUUUUUAGAUUAUUAUACACUUUAGAUUGUUUACAUUUCUUUGUGAUAUGGCAGGAUUGCUAGCUUUGUGUCCCUAUAGGGCUGCAAGGUCACAAGACAAUUAAUUACUUACAUGGUUUUAUCUUGACUUAUUCCCUGUUGCUAUUCACUGCUACAUAAAGAAGGGGCUACUGCACAAAAAAAGAGGCAAAUACAAGUUGUCUCAGUGCAGUUUGAGAUUCAGAUCUGGUCUGGAAUCUCUUGGGUAUGAGCUGAGUAUGUUAACUUUACUUCAUUUGUAAUAGUUAUUCCUAUUAUAAAUAGAAGCUACUAUUUUCUUAGUUAAUCUUUUUCCUUUCUGAAAUUGGUCUUCACCACCUUGCUCACUUUGGGAAAAACAAGGCUGUCAUGAUAAGAUUCAGGUUCAUCACUUAUUAAUCUAAAUAAGAUACAUGAAUGUGAAAGGUACCUGAGCAAUCCAAAGUGAAAACUAAAUUGAGAGCAUUAUAUCAACUUAUACAACUGCAUGCAAAAAGAAGUCAUAUAGUAUACAUAGAUAUGUUAUUUGAUGAUGUUUUCAGAGGUCUCACAUUUUUAUCAAUGUAUUUUUAUAAAAUUCAAUAAAACAUUGUAGUACAAAUUUAA